GUUAACACCGCACUACUUUUGAGAAUACUCUUUGGCUGAUUAAUUUAUUUGGAAUACAGCGUUACCGGGGUAUAAUUCAUACUAGUGAACAGUGAACGCACAAUGGACGAUGUUAAUUUAUACUAUUUUCCAGGAUCGUACUAUUCUCUGAAUGUCAUCUUAGCUCUUCUUGAGAAGGGUAUUCCGUACAAGGGUCACAUAGUGAACAUUCACGGUGGAGACCAGUCACAUGAAUGGUUCCUCCGUUUGAACCCCAAAGGCGAGGUUCCGGUUAUGAAAGUUGGGGAUACAGCAUACUCAGAGUCCGAACACAUAAUUGACGUCAUUGAUGAGAUGUUUAAAUGCGGACCCAAGCUUGUUUUGGAAGUAGAUACUCGACUCGGUAGCGAGGUAAGGGAGACUCGGAAGCUGCUACAUGACCUUCCAAUAGAUGUCAUAACGUUUGGCGUUUUGGCAAACCGAAAGUUCCAAACAUCGGACAAUUUACCACAGGCGCUUCAAAGCCGCUUCACCCGAGAAAGCAUAGAUACAAAGUUUUCUGCAACUAUCUCCGAGUACCGAAAGCAGAUACAAACCUGCUCGCCGGAUGUGCGAACGAGCGUGGAAGGUAAACUCGCGAAACUGGAGCAGAGACGAACGAACAUUCUGGAUGAUAAGGUCGUUGCGCGAAUCCUGGAUGAACUCGAAGGAAUUUUUGAUCGGAUUGAAAGCAUAUUAAAAUUGAAUGCAAAGGGCAUAUUAACUGGUCAAGACGACUGGUUGUUUGGACCUGAAAUGACAGCAGCCGACUUGGCUCUCAUCUGUCUUCUGAUCCGACUUCAGAUGAUUGGCAUUUUGUCUCGUUACGUCAAUCGAACGGUCCGACCGGAACUGCUCCGAUAUUUUAAUCGAAUAGACACCAGGGCCUCGAUACUAAAACUGAGGGAAAUAAUGGCGUCAGUCAAAUACGUGUACAUGAGGCGCGCAAUUAAGAAAUACGGGGUUAUGGUUUUAAAAAUUGGGACCGUUGUCGGUAUUGGUUAUGUUUGUUAUCUUGGUUACAAGGCAUUGAGCAAAAUGGAAAAAGUCCUUGCUAAAAAUUAAUUUAAUUUUUGGUAUUUAUUUACUCAUUUGAAAAAACUGUAAUGAUUUUUCUUUUGAAUUUGCAAUUAACUGCAUAGGUAUACACGUAUUAUAAACUACAAGAACAAAACUCCAUGUUGUUGAAACCUUGAGCACGUCUUAUUUUACCAGGCAAUUUUUACUUAUCGAUUUAUCUUAAUAAUUUUGCAAUAUAACAACACUAUGUUGAUUGUCAGUGAUGUGCAAAGCAAACCCUUUGAAGAACUUGGAUAGUUAUAUCGUUUAAAAAAAUCGAACAUCUCAGUUCCGCUGCGAAACUCACAGCGUCGUUAUUGGGUUUGCAUCAUUGUUUUAGCUUUGUGUACUGUGUGAAAUUGUACACAUACUGUCUGUUAUUGCAAAACAUGAUAAAGUUUGUCAUUACUACACAUAAUACAUAUUGGUUAGUGUUAGAUCCUGAUCUUACUACGUUAACAAUAACCUGGUAGGAGAUUGCUGUUUUGUUUGUGACAAAGCUCGCGUAUAAACGGUUUUAUAAUGACUAUCACGUAACGUAUCAUGAGAAAAUGGGUAUUUGUAUGUUUUAGCAAUUUCGAGCGUCUAAUUCGCUUCAACUGUGGACUCGAAUCGUAGAUAGCCCACUCUCUAUAACACAUAUGUAUUUAUUGCAGCCCGAUUUUUGUAUUAUCAAAUGGUAAUCGGCAAGUUUCAGUUACCACUUAACAUAUAUUUAACAGAAAUGAUACGUCGACUUUUUAACAAUCAUAGCAACACUCUGUGGCCAUCUCAUUUAUUAUUUGCAACAUUGAAAACUGUUUUAACAUCACGUGUUAUGUUUUAUAGAAUUUCAAAACAAAUUUUACAAAGAAAAUCAGUUCACGUGCAUAUAUGGGUUUAUGUAUGAAAACGGUGACCUUAUUUACAACAAUACUUAUUUUCUUAGCGUACAAUAAGUAAAUGAGCAAUAAUCAUACACACACAAAGAACUUUUAAGCCGCUACAUUGCAAUUUCUCACCAUUAGAUGUCCAACGUUAAUUAUUUGCUUUCGUUUGAUACAUUUCAAUCUUAUCAAUUAAGAACAAAAUCAAAUCAAUGCAUGAGCUUAAGCAAAGAACAUGUGCUUUAUACGCAACACGUCGAUACCAAAGAUGAUCAUUUUUGUGUAAGAUAUAUUGAUAAAAAGUCAAAUGCAUGACUAAGUUUCAAAUCAAAGCAAGUGUAUUCUGCUAAAUUUGAAGUUAAAUCUCACAUAACGAAUUUUACAGUCAGGAAGUGGUAAGGGGCUCAUACGCGACACAUUAAUUUGAAAUUGCCUGAUGACUGAAGUAGUUCCAGAAACGAUGCAUACUGCCAAAAGUUGACAUUUGUUCGAGGGACAUGGACAUGACACGCAACCACCGGCUCGACAUUGUUAUAUAGGUUAAUUAUUUUGAAAAAUGCACGAUAUAUCUUGCACGAUGAAUCUCUAAGUUACAGUCCGGACGAGAUUAGCUGUGAGUGAAUAAUGUCAGAUUUGAACAUUGACUUUUAAGUGUUACCUUAACUUUUGAUCUUGGGCCAGGGAACUUACAAGGACGAGACACGCCGUAUCAUCAUUCCAUUGACAGCUACGGAACACGUAUUAAUACAUACAUUUGCAUCGACUAUUGCUACAGCUGUAUCGUGUUUUCUGCAAGCGUGCUCAACAAAAUUGGAUAGUAUCAUCUUAUGUUGGCAAUGCAUCGGCUCGUUUUAAGCCCUUGUCAUAAUUCAACGACUUGGUAUUGAUCUCAUGGACCACGUAGAAAACUCCUGCUAUCGCAAUUUGAGUGCCACUUAUAAUUUAUACAAGUAAGAGGAGUCAUAACUGGUUUUCACUUAUUUUAUUUUCUGAAUUAAAUUUAAAUGAUGAGACCUGGCGAACGUGUUUUACAAUAUAUUUAGUUGGACGUUAAUAACUUUACUAAUCUUAAAGGGAAACACAUCCAAAUUGUAAGUCUACCUUUUAUGAAAUUGUAUUGUGUGCGCGCGCGUGUAUGUUUUUUUCUCGUGAAAACAGUUUAGUAAAUUCAAAAGUGAAACUCCAGUCGCAUAUUUUAUUCUUAGUACGUACAGUUAUUGUAAAAGUUACUGCCAACAGGUAACCUACACGCAAAUUUCAGGUUACAUCAACUGUGUGAUGGAAUGGCAGAUGGCAAAGUGCAGCCAGAACUGAAGCCUGCUACACGAGGCAAGACACUGGGCGAUGAAGGUCGAUCUCAAACAGAAACUCGUAUUCCCAGAUGUUGUUAAAACAAACCUACGACCUGACAUAGUCAUCUGGUCAACAGCUUCAAAGAAGAUGAUACUCAAUGAACUGACUGUCCCUUGGGAAGAAAGAACUGAUGGGGCAAGCGGUCAAAGUACCAAGAACUGGCAGAUAUGUGCAGGGAGAGAGGGUUCACCACCUGGAUCUUUCCUGUAUAAGUAGGAUAUAGGGGAUUCCCUGCACAAUCCGUUUGGAAAGCGCAAGGAGCUUUGGGCAUCAGAGGCAGGGCUAGGAAAAGCUCCGUACGGUCCCUUGGUAAGGCGGCAGAGAUGGCAUCCAGUUGGCCCUGGCUACGACGCAAUUAAAAAACAUGGAAUCCAUCAAAGAUGAGCAGUGCUUGAUCAACACUGCCACCGCUCCAUCAAGAGGGUGUUCUGAGAUAAGGGGCGAAACAUCUGAUGACUGAUGGGAACUCGGAUAAAGACGUCUGUGUUACGCAGUAAUUACUGUAUCACCCAACAUAUGUAUUUUAUAGAAGCUCUGAAUAUGUAAGGCAGUAGAGGUUUUGACGAGUAAGUUUUUUAUAUCAUUGAAACGCCAAGAUUUAACGGAUGCGUGUAUGUUUGAGGUUAGCGCAUUGAAAAACAACGAUUAUAAGGAUUCUACUAAGAUAGCCAACUAAGUAACGGACUGACACAAAUGCUGUUUCUUACAUCAUUUGCAUAGGUUAUAUAUAGGCAGUGUACAUCGAGAUAAUAGAACACCCAUGGAGUGGAAGGAUUCAAACUGAAUCAAGAAUACGACAUUUAUAACAAAAGAAUAAUUCACAAUUUAAUAAAAUAAAUAUAAGUCAACGUUCAAAUUCGAGCAGUAAAAUCUAUCGCUGAAAAACUUAGGUCGACUUUUAUUGGUAAAAGAAGACGUAAAGAGAAGCAAUCGCAAGUAGCGUAACUCUUGGAAAAGAAUAUGUUUAGAACUGAAACCCAGAUGUCAGUAGGGAUAUCUUUAGUGUUUUCAGUGUGUUGGACAAAGAGUAAUAUUUAUAUUGUGUGAGCUAUAUGCAUAAACAACUUUUGUACUUGAGGUUUACUUGCAAACGUAGAUACAAGCAUCGAACAAGAUAACACAUAUUUAAGUGUUGUUUUACUAUGAAAGUAAAACGUCUGGUUGUGUUACACAAAUAAUUGAUACAUUGUUUUCACAAAACUA